AUGACGUCAUUCAAGACUGAAAUAGAUCUCCCCAACCCAAACAUCCGAAAUCUUUAUCCAGUGUUACCAUCAGCUCUUAUUCCUAGCCUUAAGCCCGAGAAAGCCAUCGAGGUUUAUGAGCAAGCUCUGAAGAAAAACCCAAAAGACGGUGCUCUAGCCAGCAAGAUUGGAAAAGCCCUGGUCAAGACUCAUAACUACGUCAAGGCCAUAAAUUACUACGAAGCAGCCCUGAAGACGGAGCAGCAGAACUUUCUGCGCUACGACCUGGCCGAGCUGCUGAUGAAGAUGAAGCAGUAUCAGCGCUGUGAGACCGUCCUGCUGGAAGCUCUGGUCCAUGAGUCAGUGAAUGAACUGCAGGCACUCUCAGAUAAUUGCCGUUAUCUGGUCCUGUUGGCAAAGGUCCAAAACAAGGUGGACAAGACUGAGGAAGCUUUGCUCUCCCUGCAAAAAGCCAGAGAUGUGCAGGCCAAGGUGCUGAAGCGGGUGCAGUUGGAGCAACCUGACGCCGUCCCCAUGCAGAAGCAGCUUGCCGCCGAGAUCUGUGCUGAGAUCGCUAAACACUACACAAGUCAGAGGGGCUAUGAGAGAGCGGUCAAAUUCUACAAAGAAGCUCUUGUGUAUUGUGAGACUGAUCACAAGUUGAUGCUGGAGCUGGCACGGGUGUACCUUACUCUAGAUGAUGUUGACUCGUGCCACGAUCAAUGCAGCAUCAUUUUGAAGAAUGACCAGUUGAAUGAAGAUGCAACUCUGAUGAUGGCUGACAUUAUGUUUAGGAAGCAGGAAUAUGAACAGGCAGUUUUCCACUUUCAACAACUUCUGGAGCGAAAACCAGACAACUACCCAACACUGUCGCGUCUCAUUGAAUUGUUGAGGAGGGCCGGGAAGUUGGAAGAAGUUCCCAGAUUUCUUGAUAUGGCAGAAAAACACUCUUCCAGAACUAAGUUUGACCCCGGGUUCAACUACUGCAAAGGACUCUGUCUUUGGUUUACAGGAGAACCUAAUGAGGCCUUGUGGCACUUCAACAAAGCACGCAAAGACAACGAUUGGGGUCAAAAUGCUGUUUAUAAUAUGAUUGAAAUCUACUUAAACCCUGACAAUGACACCAUGGGAGGAGAAGUAUUUGAGAACUUAGAUGGUGAGAUUGGGAACUCCACAGAGAAGCAGGAGUCGGAGCAGCUUUCUGUGAGAACAGCCGAGAAGCUGGUGAAGGAGUUAAAGCCUCAGACUCCAGGAGGACACACACAGCUCCGCAUCCUGGAUAACUACUGCUUGUUGGCCACUAAACAGAAGGCCAAUAUAGAGAAAGCCCUCAAUGUUUUCACAGAGAUUGCAAACAAUGAGAAAGACCACGUGCCAGCACUGUUGGCCAUGGCGACAGCUUAUAUGAUGCUGAAGCAAACCCCAAGAGCCAGGAACCAGCUCAAACGCAUAGCUAAGAUGAACUGGAACAUUGUUGACGCCGAUGAGUUUGAGAAGAGCUGGCUGCUCUUGGCAGACAUCUACAUCCAUUCGUCAAAGUAUGACAUGGCCGGGGACCUUCUAAAGAGAUGCCUUAACCAUAACAAGUCAUGCUGUAAAGCCUAUGAAUAUCUUGGCUACAUCAUGGAAAAAGAGCAGUCGUUCCGUGAUGCAGCACUCAACUAUGAACUGGCUUGGAAAUAUGGAAAUAGGACUAACCCAACUAUUGGAUACAAGCUUGCUUUCAACUACCUGAAGGCAAAGAGGAAUGUUGAUGCCAUAGAUGUGUGUCAUAAGGUUCUGGCUGCUCAUCCAAAUUAUCCGAGAAUGAGAAAAGAUAUCCUGGACAAAGCUCGAAUGGCCCUGAGACCUUAGAAGUGUGUGUGUGUGUGUGUGUGUGUGUGUGUGUGUGUGUGUGUGUGUGUGUGUGUGUGUGUACCAUUGAGCAAAUGUUUCUGUAAUAAAAUGAGUUAUUUUUGAUUUAAUCCUUUUUAUGGUUUGGCUUCAGCUGUCAAAUUAGAAAAUGUUGGUUGUCUGUAUUUGUCUGAAAACUGGCUAAAGCCCAUUGCAAUGUAAAUGUUAUUUAAUUAAAGCAUUGUUCUUUCUUUCCUUACAAUGCCUUCACCAAAAAGUUGACUAAAAACAUUUAAGACUAUUUAUGAAAAAUGUCUGUGUGCUCCCCAUUAUCGAGAUUACCUAUUUUCUCAAUUUGAUACAUGACUUAAUCAUUUUAUUUGUAACAGUUAGGCUACCCUGUAAAUCUAUAUUUCAAUGUUGUAUCUUGUCAUUUAUAUUAUUAGUAUGCAGAUACGUUUGGAUAUUUAUAAA